GGAUACUUGACAGUUAACACCUACACUACACACUGCAGCCAAGCUAAAGAACCUCCCGUCGCCGGCUCGCCGGGAAAUCGACACUGCCCACCAGCCAUAGCCUCUUGCUGCCUCCGCCUCUGGCGUCAAGGUCUCUUGCUCCGUCGCCGGUUAUUUCUGCUUCAAACCGACAUCAUCAGUCUCCGGCCGCCAACCAAGUGUCAAAAAGGGUUAAGACUUGUUCACUUUUGAGCAUAGCCUCAGACUUGUAUGCGGCUAAAAUCCUGAAACUUUAGCAUUGGGGUACAAUUUUCAUUAACAACUCUUGGAGGAGGCCAUCCUUAGCUGCUUUUAGCCAUUACUUUCUUCUUUCCAUGGAUGCUAAGAGCCUGCUCUCUGUUUCUUCCCAAAACACACCAAUUCCAUCUCUCCUAAACCCAAAAAAUUCAUUAUCUUUAUCUCUUGUUCAGUCUCGCAAGUGGGUCUCCUUCAGAACCAAGAACCUCUUAGCACCACAAACUGUAAGGUAUUCUAGAAGACUAGAGUGUAUAAAUAGUGUGCAAAAAGUUAAACAUGUUGUUGAUGAGGAGGAUACGAAAGCUGGGAUUAAGAAGAAAAAUCUUGCAGUUUUUGUGUCUGGUGGAGGGUCGAAUUUCCUUUCAAUUCAUGAUGCGUGUGUUGGUGGCUCUAUUCAUGGAGAUGUUGUCGUUUUGGUCACAAAUAAACUUGGUUGUGGAGGUGCAGAGUAUGCAAGAGACAAGGGCAUCCCCGUUAUUCUGUUCCCCAAAAGUAAAGAUGAAGCUAAUGGUCUGUCUCCAACUGACCUUGUAGCUGCGCUUAGGAAAUUUGAGGUUGACUUCAUUCUUCUAGCUGGAUACCUAAAACUCAUACCAGUGGAGUUGACCCGAGCUUUUCCAAGAUCCAUGCUAAAUAUCCAUCCGUCACUUCUUCCAGCAUUUGGAGGCAAAGGCUAUUAUGGUAUGAAGGUGCAUAAUGCUGUCAUUGCUUCUGGAGCUAGAUACUCUGGUCCCACCAUUCAUUUUGUUGAUGAGCAUUAUGACACUGGACGUAUCCUUGCUCAAAGAGUUGUCCCUGUGUUGUGGAAUGACACAGCACAGGAUCUGGCUGCAAGAGUUCUUCAGGAGGAGCAUCGGUUAUAUGUGGAGGUCGUGGCAGCUUUAUGUGAAGAACGAGUAAUUUGGAGAGAAGACGGUGUCCCUAUCAUCCAAAGCAAAGAAAGCCCCAACAAUUACAGCUAACUCAACCAAGCACCAGCAUUUUACCCCCGGCUUUUGAAAUUCUUGAGGUUUUUAUGUUUUAUAGAAGAAUCUGACAUACAUGCCCAUAGUUUUAUGCGACACACUUCGAAUUACGUCCUAUCUUAUGCUUAUAAUUUAUCGUCGAUCUACUCAAAAGAUGAUGACAAUUUUUCCUGGAAUCUGCUAGUUCUUAUGAUGUUCACAUUGGUUUUUCUUUUCCCCUUCUGACCACAAAAUCGCCAUAUUUGUAAUAAACCUCAUGAUGUUACUUGUAAGAGUUUAGAAAAUGUUAUUAUGUAUGGGAGCUUAUUGCCUUUACCUGUA